GUUAUAUCCAGGACGGUGAUUCAUCCUUGGAGUGAAGCUGUGACUUGCCUCUGCAUGUUUUGCAAUGCUGACUGGCUUCAUAACCGCAUAACUGCGUGCUGUGGCUCCUACCAGAUUUCUCAGCAAAAGUCUGAGCGAGGAGCAAGCUAAUUCCUUGAACAAUGGCAUUCGCUUUUAGACAAUUCUUCCUGGUAGCUGCCGAUUUAAUGCUUGCCUUGACCCUUUCCUGCUUCCUUUAUGCUUUCGUGUGCAUCUGCACUGCAUUCCUCACCUGCUUUGUGAUCGUUUUCUCCUUGGGGAUUGUGAAGAAAAUGGAGAGAAAUAUUGACAUAAAAGGGAGAGCCAUUGUGAUUCUAGUGUCCAACAGCUCCAUCGGACGGACAUUUGCCAGGAACCUGGACGAGGCAGGUUUCAGAGUGUCUGCUGCAUGCUGGCCACCUGAAAGGAACUGGGCAAAGGUUCUGAAGGAGGAGUAUUCGCCAGACACGAAGCUGACACAACUCCAUAUAACUGAGGACGAGUAUAAGAUGACAAUGAAAACCUUGAUAGAAAAGCACUUAUCUCUGAAAGGCAUGUAUGGGCUGAUGAAGAAGCCUUCGGUCCUGAUGUGGGAAGAACAGGAGCCAGACACAAACAGAUUCUCUGAGGGAAAAACUUUUUAUAAAUGGAAGGAUGUUUGCAGAACUCCAGCCUUCCUCAUGACACUUCUCUUUCUCCCUGUGAACUAUGGGGUGACUCUUGCAAAGAAGAAAAGCCUGCAGUUACUUACUAGCCCGCUGAAGUCCAAAAACUGACAGCACGGAAGGAAACUUGUGGAAUGACUCAACGGGUUACUAAUGCCGCAGUGAAAAGGAGAUGCAGGGAGGAGUAACUUGGAAUGGAACCGACUGAUUCCUGACUUGCAAGAAUCAAGUGCUGAAUGGCGUCUUCAAACUUAGUCAUAAGACAAUGAGAAAACAUUGUGAAUUAGAUCUGGAUGGAAGACUAUUCCCCUAAUUGUAUUGGAGGUCUGCUUUCAAAUCACAUUUGUAACUGAGAAUAUGGUGAAUGUUGAAAUUGUACUGGGAUAAAUGAUCUAAGAUGGAAGGAAAUAAUGAAAAACUCUCCUGAAAGACUACUGAACGUUAAGCUUUCGACAUAUGCUGUGCUAUGACUCUGCUUAAUUGAUGGACAAACUGUUGGUCUUUCAUCUCUCAAAUUGCAACUCAGAAUUAUCAUUACACAUGUGAAAUGUAGUCCAGUCCCGGCCCACAGAAAAGAACGGCAGUUAAAUGUCAAACUGAGCCAAAACUAACCAUUUUAAUUCAACCAUGUCAAAAAGUUUUGUUUUGAUUAAAGCUGUUAAAACAUUUCAUUUCAACAUUUCUGAAUUGAAAGUUUUGGUUUCUAGCCAAAAAUAUUUGACCUUUGGUUUUUCACCAAAAAGUCAAAGUUUUCUGUGGUAAGCAGACACUUUAUAAAACAAAAAAACGCAUGUAGUCAAACACCCAAUUUGCAGCUGAAAAACAGUUUCAAUGGAACAUUUUUAAUCAGCUCUGGUGAGCAACAACAUUUUGUCCAGAAAUUCCUUAUGCAGUUUUAGAUGGAUAAUGUAUUCUUUAUUUUCUCCACUAAACUGUUGCAUGUCAUUGAUGUGGGCUUUUAAAUAGCUGCUGUUUCAUGGAUGGUUAAAUGAUACCUAUUUGUACAAUCAGGCUGUACAUACCAGUGUGAAUACAGUCCUUAUUUGAACAAAACACCUGUUGGCUUCAAUGGAAAUUGUUUGCUUAAAGACAUGAUAGACUAUAAUUGUUUAUAAUGCUUUAUGAUCCUUUGAGAUAAAAGGAACUAUACAUUUAUAAAAUUAUGGCUUUAAGGCAAUGCUGUUGUGAAACCCAGUUAUGAUAUACCUUCCCUAAAAUUAUAAUACAAAUUAGCUACAUCAAAGUAAUGCAGAAGUUAUAUGUUGAGAUUUUUGAAGCUGUCUAGGGGAGCUGAAUGCUCAACUCCCUUCAGUUUUAGUGGGAGUCAGCCACCUAAAUUCUUUAAGCAGGCUUGAAACUCAGUCAUAAUGUAUAACAUUGACAUAAUUCACUGUUAAAGCUAACACCUUAGCAAACCUAUUGUUGCCAUAUGUCCCCAUUUAAAAGCCUAAGGGCAACCUAAUUUUGCCAGACCAAAACAAAUACACAAGUCAGAGCUGGUCAAAAUUAUUCCUUUAUUUUUUUUAAAAAAAAAGGUUUUUCCUGCAGCAAAUGUUUCUUUCCCCCCUCUGUACCCCCUCCAAAAAAUAGAAAAAUGGAAAAGGAGAGAAAAAGCCUAAAAAAUGAAAGACAACUUCAUUUUAGGUUUCAAAAUAAUUUUCAUGUUUUCAAUUUUUUUUUUUGGCAGAACACUGAAAAAAUUCAAGAGCUUUGAGAAAAUUCUCUCGAACAAUUCCCCCCUCACCCCCCCAAAACAGACUCACCAUUUUCCAGCCAGCUCUAAUGAAAAUGCAGCUGGCUUACAAAUGUUUGGUCCCAUGGCAACUAAACCCUCAAAUUCAAGAGCUGACAAUGGAAAUGACAGCUGACCACUCAAGCCCUGAACCUUCUCCCAUUGAACUCAAUGGCAAAAUGCCCAAUAAUGUCACACGUGCAGGACCAAGCUGUAAAUACACCCACCUUUCCUGGGUAACCCUCUCAGAAUGUUUCCCAGCCAAAAGGGUUUAUUUACAUUACGCGAGCACUGACAUUCUUUCCAUUUUCAAAAAUAUCAUCAUGGCAGAUGUUAUAAACAAGUCACAUUCUUUGCCAGCUGCCUUUAUCAAAGCCACAGUCCCUAUAUGCCAACUCUAGCAAUAGAGUCAAAAAAAUACAGCACAAAGCCGAUAUCAGUACAAUUCCACUGGGAUAGCUGCUCCUCGGAGCGGUAAUUCUCCUGUUAGAAUACCUUGCUGUGUUUUCAGGCCUGGUGCUGUAGAAUUCCCUUACACGACUAGUGUUUACUCACAUGAGUAGUCAUACUGAAGCCAAAUCCAGCUGAGUAUGGGCUACUCACCGGCAUAAUGAUCUGCAGGGCUGGCAUUUUAGAUAAGGUGGUCUUUGGGGGCAGGAAUACCAUUUUAUCUGCUCGUAUCACUGCUGAAAAGCACUGUAAUGCAAUGCCAAUAAUAAAUAGCCAUUACGGUGGUCUGGUUUUAUAUUAUUGUUACUAACUUGAUCAAUAAAAACAUUGAAUGUGCCCUCUUAUCUGACCCACAUGCUUGAGUUUUAUAUGUAACUUCAGAAAAAUACAGAAUGUAUUCACGUGUU